AUGGCGGCGCCGCCCUCCCCGCCGCCAUUCCCGCCGUGCCCCGCGCCCCGCAUCCCCGCCCCGGCGGCCGGGGGCAUCGCGGCGCUGCGGGCUGGCGGCGGGCAUGGCGCUGGCGGCGCGGCGGAGGGGGACGUGGAGGACGGCGAGCUCUCCGACUCGGACUCCGACAUGCCCGGGGCCGGCUCCCCGGGGGGACAGCAGCAAGGUGAGGGCGCGGCGGCUGCGGCCUUCCCGGCCCCGCCGCCUCCCGCUACAUUUAUUUCUUCAUUCCAGAAAUCUCAUGAUGGCAGUAAUUCAGGCAGACCUUUCCAGAGCAGCAUUUCAUCCUGUGCACCAAGCGUUCCUUAUCGAACAACCAAAAGUGUGGAUUCAAGUGAUGAAAGCUUUUCCGAAUCUGAUGAUGACAGCUGUCUGUGGAAACGAAAGCGACAGAAAUGUUUCAACCUUCCUCCUGCAAAGCCUGAGCCUUUUCCACUUAGCCAGAGCCACCAAAAACAAACUGCUGUAGGUGGUAAGAAGGUCAACAAUAUUUGGGGUGUUGUGCUUCAGGAGCAGAAUCAGGAUGCAGUGGCUACUGAACUUGGGAUUCUAGGGAUGGAUGGCAGUAUUGACAGAAGCAGGCAGUCUGAGACUUACAAUUAUUUAUUGGCUAAAAAGCUGAUGAAGGAAGCUCAGCAAAAGGAGGCAGAGACGUUAGAUAAAGAACUGGAUGAAUACAUGCAUGACGACAAGAGAACAACUCCAGCAGAAGAGGAAAAUGGACAAGGCUUUCUCAAACGGAAGCGGCCUGUAAAAGAUAGACUGGGUGAAAGGCAAGAAAUGAAAUAUAAAGGAAGGUAUGAAAUAACAGAAGAAGAUUCAGAGGAAAAAGUGGCGGAUGAAAUAGCUUAUCGACUUUGUGAGCCAAAGAAAGAUUUAAUUGCCCGAGUAGUGAAAAUAAUUGGAAAGCGAAAAGCCAUUGAACUGCUCAUGGAAACAGCCGAAGUGGAACAAAACGGUGGACUGUUCAUAGUGAAUGGUACCAGGAGGAGAACACCAGGGGGUGUUUAUUUAAACCUGCUGAAGAAUACACCCAGUGUCAAAGAAGAACAAAUCAAGGUAAAAUUGUCAAGAGUACAAGUGGUUGUCCAAAGUAAACUGGGGAGGGACGGGUAUUCUGCCAUAGAAAUAUUACAGUUGAAUCCUUCUCAUAACUUUUAG